UGGAGCGCGCUGUGCUGCGAUUGGAGGAAUAGAGGAAAGGAAGCUCGUGCCGCUAUCCGGAAUCACCGCAACGCGGACUCCGUACGAUCGCAGAAGCCGCCGCUCUGCUGGGCUUCGUAACGACGGACACGCAUCACGGUCCACCGGUGUGGAGACUAAGGAACUGUCGCUGCAGUAUUUCUGUGUGAUAUGAAACCUUGCUGCAGUGUGAGCUCAGUGGACUCCAUGAAAAAUGACGGAAGAGGUCAUUGUCAUAGCCAAGUGGGACUACACGGCACAACAGGAACAGGAACUUGACAUUCGGAAAAAUGAGCGUCUCUGGCUGCUGGAUGACUCCAAGACCUGGUGGAGGGUGCGCAAUGCCACAAACAGGACGGGCUAUGUUCCCUCCAACUACGUGGAACGCAAGAACAGCCUUAAGAAGGGCUCACUGGUGAAGAACCUUAAGGACACAUUAGGCCUGGGGAAAACUAAGAGGAAGACAAGUGCCCGUGACACCUCACCAACACCCAGCACGGAGGCGGAGUUCCCGUCCAACGGCAGCAGUGGGGCGGAACGCAUCUACGACCUGAGCAUCCCGGCACUGGUCAAGUUCUCCUAUACAGCGGAGCGAGAGGAUGAGCUAACGCUCGUGAAGGGGACACAUGUGACCGUGAUGGAGAAGUGCAGCGAUGGCUGGUGGCGUGGCAGCUCUGGAGGACUGGUCGGCUGGUUCCCAUCAAACUACGUGCUGGAGGAGGGUGAGGAAGCAUCAGUUGAGCCCCUGCUGGGUGGACCCCGGGUGAUCCACGUAGUACAGACACUUUACCCCUUCAGCUCAGUGACGGAUGAGGAGCUCAACUUUGAAAAGGGGGAGAUUAUGGAGGUGAUAGAGAAGCCAGAGAAUGAUCCAGAGUGGUGGCGCUGCCGAAACAUUCGUGGACAAGUAGGCCUUGUGCCCAAGAACUAUGUAACGGUGGUGAGCGAUGGGGCCGGAAUGGGGCCCUUCUGCCCGUCCCUUGGCCACUUAGAGCCUGCCCGCACCGGCAGGUUUGCAGGCAAGGACUGGUACUACGGCGACGUGACACGGCACCAGGCGGAGUGCGCCCUCAAUGAGAGAGGUGUGGAAGGGGACUUCCUGGUGCGAGACAGUGAGUCCUCGCCCAGUGAUUUCUCAGUGUCCCUGAAGGCUCCGGGGAAGAACAAGCACUUCAAGGUACAGCUGCUGGAUGGGGUGUACUGCAUUGGCCAACGACGUUUCGCCACCAUGGACCAGCUGGUGGACCACUACAAGAAGGCACCCAUCUUCACCAGCGAACAAGGCGAUCGCCUCUACCUCGUCAAACCUCUGCCGUGACCCGACAGGCUGCACCCGUUGUGACUCACCCUCACAGCAAGCCUUCCACCUGGGAUCCAUGGUUUGACUAGGCGGAGCCCUGCUUCCUUGUGCACCGAGUUUUCUCUACCACGAUAACGAGACAAGAAGGGACACCGGUCACGAGCUGGCGAGUAGGUCAGUGGGGGAAUCCUUUCCUCUGAUGCCAGAAGUGGUCUGCAUUGUUCUGUUCUCACGCAGAUGCCUGUGUGCCUCAUCUUUAGGUCAAACGCUUAGAUCUCUGCCGGGGUUACAACCAGUUCACGCGCCUUCACUAGGUGAUCAGAGCAGGCCUCUGCUUUUGGACACGAUCAUCAGUGGUUCCCAGUCCCACCCCUCAGACUGUGCCCAGGGGUGUGGAGACAUCGACGUUUCUCUGACGCUAAGCCAGGCUACUGUUCCGGAUCACUUGCUCUCACUUAGAAGGGGUGUCUGCUUUGCAUGGCGUCUGCAGCAGUAAGGAGGCUGCUGGAAAACCCGACUUGCACAGGAGUAUGGAGCUGCAGUACAGACUGCCGAAGAACACUGUAACCUGCGUCUUGACUGUCGUCUUCAACAAACACCUUGACUAGCACGCUCGCAGUACACUCGGCCCACCUCGUAGCUUUGAAAUGCUUACAGAUUGUUUGGGACUUACGUCUUCAGAUAGACAAACAGGAUCAUAUAGAGGAACAAGCUCCGGCAUGGCUGUUAGCUCAGCGUUCUUGUUUUUGAACAGCAAAAUGUCACUGCGCAGGCAGCUGGUCCCUGUACCUGCAACCAGGUCAAUGUUUGUUAAAACACUGGACAUUCAGUAAAAAAAAUGAA